CCUGUCUCGUCAUGGGAUUUUUCAUCCCCGCCUUCAAAUCCACAUACGCCUUCCUCAGCCUCACCAUCGAUAGCAGCACCCCCCCCCCUCUGUCACACCAUGGCACCGAGCAAUCUCCAGCUCAAUGUGAACCUUGCACUUGCUGCAAUAUUCACGAAUCGGGGAUUCCGCAACUCAGAAGCCUACUCCAAGUAUCUGCGUAGCUUUUGUGAUCGCCCUCUGCAUCCCUCAUUCCUCAUUCCCCCUACCUCGUUCAACCGGUACAGACUGAGGGUGAAUGGGUAUAUCAAUGAUCUUGGAUGGAGUUCUCUGUUUCAGAAUCGCCUCCUUGAUCAGUGCCCUGAAGCAGUGCGUAUGUUCUACGCAAGUAUGCAGUGCGGUCCUGGACGUUAUCCGUCGUACUUCACCACCACCGUCUACAACUUCAGUGUGACUGUUACUGCUGAUAUACUGGCUACUCUGUUGCAUCUUCCUCAUGGUGGGUAUCAAGCCGAAACUGCAGCAGACUUUGACAACUAUGGGUUCCACCCCAUAGACACGAUGUCUUAUUUGGCUAGCGAUUACGGGAGUCACGAGCUUUCGAGGUUCUCCGUGGAGCGGCUGCCGGAUGAUCUGAGAGCGCUGCAGUUCUACGUCAGUCAUGUGUUCCUCCCUCGCGCUGCUGACCAGGCCGCCACUCUGGACGACUCUGACCUCUGGAUUCUGUUUAACGCGAAGACAAGCUGCCCGAUCAGCUAUGCCUCGCUGAUGUUUAAUCAUAUGAUGAAAUAUCGCGAAGAAGAGUGCAGUAGCAAGCUGCCUUUUGGCCCGCAAAUCACCCAUCUGUUGGCCAUCUUAGGGGUCGAUCUACGUGGGAAAAUCAUCAAUCGGGAGGCUCGUUCUGAUCUGCAAGCUCAGCAUGUUCUGCGUCGCCCUAUCUCGUGGCUUGGACCCCGCAAACUUGCCAAAGUUCAAGGGGGAGACAAAGCUGCCAAUUGUGAGUCCAAAUCAAAACCAGAAGAAGACGACAAUGAUGAGGGUAGCUGGUUAAAGGACACGGCAGCUGCAUACACAGCUGGUGGAAUCUCCAGGCUUGACAAGGGAAAGGGAAUAGCAGAAUCUUCGGGAAAGCGCAAGAAGACUUUGACAUUGGAGCAUAUACAGGAAGGGGUAAGGCUGGAAAAUGAAGGAAAAAGCCUCCUCCGUGACUUUACCGUGUCACUGAAGGGAAAAGAGGCCAGCACCUCAGGCAAGAAAGUCAGCAGGGUGUUAUUCUUACCUUCGGAUGAUGAGGAAGUCGAUCCAUCGGAGUAUGCGUCGUCUCCGGAGUACACCUACUAGGACUGUGUUAGAUGCUUGAUUUAGGGGGAGAUCCAUGGAUGAAUUAAUGGUAGUUGAAUGG